CUGCAUAAUAGUUUAACGAAGAAACAUAUCAACAUCCAAGUUGCCUAUUUGCUUAUCACCCAAACACUUACAACGCUAUUCUCAGUUCUGCCACGUCGACGACAUCCUGGCUACGUCUCCCGUAGUGGGAUGUCGUCUUCAACUGUAGGACCGGCAUCAUCUAACCGUCUAUGGGUUGGGCCUUUACUGCUGAUUCUCGUAAUUGCUCUCAUUUAUAUAUUUUCUUUGAUGCCUAAUGGACCAACUCCACAUAGAUUUCAAAGCCGCUUCCCCCACGAAGAAGAUGAUGAAUUUGAGUUCCAUCAUAGAAGAUUAGAGGAGUUAACGAGAGCCGAUGAAGAUGAAAAUGCUACAAAAGAGCAACUUUUGUUAUCGGAUGGGAUUUGUGUGAAUGGCGGAAGCUAUAAUGAAACGUCUGAAUCCUGCAUCUGCGGCCACAACUUCUCAGGAAAUCGUUGUGAAGUUGUUCUAACAAAACAAUUGUGUUUGAAUAAUGGCUAUUUUUCUCAGAAAAUAGGAAGAUGUCAUUGUCCUAUGCCUUGGACUGGCCAGCUUUGUCAACAUCGUUGUAGUGGUGGAUUUGGAAGAGUAAAUCGAACAACAUGGACUUGCCAAUGCGGAAAUCCACAAAUGUUCGGCACGAAUUGCGAUUCAGUUUGCAUAAAUGGCGAAGUUGUUGAUGAUAUUUGCCGAUGCUUGCCAGGGUACUAUGGACGUUCAUGUGCAACAUGUGAUCCAAGUUAUAUGACAUCUGGAGAAUGUGAUGUAAAUAAUAAAAGAAGGGGGGCUGUGAACUCUAGGUUAACCCUAAGCGGUCUUUCAUUUUGUAUGAUAACUAUUGGAUUAUUAUGUGUUACUGCCAGACGAAGACGACAGUCUAUGGUUCCUCCAAUGGACGAUACCUGGUAUAGAGUAUUUCAAACUCAACCUAGACAUCGAUGUCGUCAUGAGUUCAGUUGUGGAAGCGCUUGGCUUCCUAGGGAUCGUGCUUUAUUCGUCACUACAGGGCGAGCAUCUGUGUCACACGGUGGACGCCGUGGAAAUGGAUCGAGAGGAACCCGAAGGAUGACCACACCACCACCUAGUUAUACGUCUGUAGAUAAUAUGACUGACGAUGAAUCUCCUCCCACAUAUGAAGAAGCGUUACGAACUCUGGAUGAAGAGAGAAGCGAUAUGAUUGAAACACCUAGAGAAGAAGAAGUCAAAGACGAAUCAGGAGGUUCAGCAGAAAAUGAAGUUGUCGUUGCUGCACCAGUUACGGAUGCCUCAGAAGGAGCACCCAUUACUGAGGAGUCUCCUACAUCACCAUCCCAAUAG